AGUUCAUAGAAUUAAAGAAACACCGGCUGUCUCAUGACGUUGCUUGAGAGCACCAUUGCACUGUCGGACAUAGUUGGGCGUGCCUUGGACACCUCAAGCGGCGUCACUGCCACGAGUGUCCUGUCUUUCCUGGACGGCGAAGUCGCGCUGAUCGGCACCAACAAAGGAAACGUUCUCUUCUGCACCGCCGCCGCUAACUCCGCCGAUCUCCUCGAGCCGAUGGCCGACAUCACGUUGCACUGCGGGCCGGUGUACGACAUGGCCCUCAGCUCACAGCACCUCAUCGCCACCGCUGGCCACGAUGCCGUCAGCUGCGUCUUUCCCUUGCACGCCCUCUUCUCAAACGGCGGACUCACCGGGUGUCGCCGCCUCACCGGACACACCGUCCCGGUGGUGGCCGUGAAGUUUCUGUCGGAGGGCACGACGCUGGUGAGCCUCGGCGCCGACGGCCACGUGCGCAUUGUGGACGUGGUGGGCGGCAGCGUGCUCGCCGCACUGUCCACAGGGUUUGCCGCUGCCUGCUUGGCGUGCUCGACCGAUGAGACGGUGCUGUUCGUUGGCGGUCGCUCGCUCGCCGCCGUGGAUCUGUGCGCGGCUCUGCGGCCUACUUCGUUUCAGUCCGCCGCUGCCGUUGAGGUGUGGAAGCCUGUCGUAUCGAGUGCGGGCGAGGAUGGCAUCGUUGCCGCCGCUGCUGCUGCUGCUGCGGAUGCCGCGCGUGCGUCAGCAGGCGUUCGGCUCUACCAAUGGGCAUUACCGGCUUCUCCUGGUGAGGAGCCCAACGUCGCUGCGGCGAGAGCGAAGGAGACUCAUGCCUCUGCAACGUCUCGAGGCACGCUCAUUUCAAAGCUUGAGGUAAACCAAGACGACAGCACGCUGACGGCGGUGUUCACGCGUGGUUCUUGUCGUCCCACUGGCGCGCAGCCGUGCGCAGAGGCCCGCUGGUCAGCAGGAGGAGGGAGGACUGCAGACCACACAGUAUGGGCACCGCCUGGUGAAGAAUGUGCGUAUCAGCAGCAGCGGCAGCAGCAGCAGAGGCGUCAACAGAACGGCGUUCACAAUCAUAAGUGCUUAAAGGCGUUAUCUCUGAGGUGCCGCGUGAAGACAGCGGCGCGCCCCUCCGCAAAACAGCCGCCGACGUCGUCCAAUGCGACGAGCUCAGCAGCUGCGCUGUGGCACGGCCGGUGGUACACGUCCCCAUUUGAACUCAGCGGCGACACGGAAGCACAACGGGUUGUCAAGCAGCUGCGCACAACGGCCGCAAUGUCGCUGACUAAGGGCGAUGCGCUCAACCCCCCAGCGUACCCCGUAGUAACACCACCUACUCGAGGAGAGGAGUUGGCGUUGGCGGAAGUGCAGUGCGGCGAGCUGCAGCGCGAAUGCGAUGUGUUGGUGUUCCAAAUCCGUGCUUUGCGGUCCGCAAAGGAGGCGGCACGAACUGCGUAA